GAAUUGGCGGCAUCACGUGAACCCUCCAGUCUGAACAUUCAAUGUGAUGGCGAGAUCAGAUCGCCUCUCUCAAACUCUCCAUCCCAGCGACCCCGAGCCUGCCUACAGAGAGAGGGAGACUUUUCCUGAAAUAAUCCCUGUGUAAAGAUCUGGGGAUCAAAACUGUGAAGACAUUUUAGUGGAUCCCAAACUGAGCAAGCAUUUGGCUUCCUGAAAAGGUUACAGGCCUGAGAAGCAGACGCAAGACCAACAUAUCAAAACAGCUGACCUGUGGGGAUUGUGGAGAACACCACCACAGGUUCAAGGAGUCUCCAUUGGCCAGUGUUCACUUGGACGCCAGUACAAUGUUCUUCAUGGCUUGGCCCACCUUCCUGUGAAUGGCUGGAUGCUCCCUCAUUUGGAUUCUGUUCUUCACAAGUCCUUUCUAUCCCAAUAAGACGCCCCAGUAGCGGUAGCAGUUCCCCAACCUCCUGCUGCAAUGAGCGGGUUCCUCUCGUAUCUGGACCCUCGGCGGGUUCACUGGGGUGCCGCCUGGGUGGCGUUGCACUCACGGAUCCUCCGCACCAAGCCUGUGGAAUCGAUGCUUGAAGACUCCACCCAGCACGGGACGGGUCACUCUAGGCUGGCUCAGGUCCUCACCACGGUGGACCUGGUGUCUCUUGGAGUUGGCAGCUGUGUAGGGACCGGCAUGUACGUCGUAUCGGGACUGGUGGCCAAGGAGAUGGCAGGGCCUGGAGUGAUUGUUUCAUUUAUCAUCGCAGCAGUGGCGUCCAUCUUGUCAGGUGUGUGUUACGCUGAAUUUGGUGUCCGGGUGCCAAAGACCACUGGCUCAGCCUACACCUAUAGCUACGUGACAGUGGGGGAGUUUGUGGCCUUUUUCAUUGGCUGGAACUUGAUUCUGGAGUAUCUCAUUGGAACAGCCGCUGGCGCCAGUGCUCUGAGCAGCAUGUUUGACUCACUGGCCAACCACACCAUCAGUCACUGGAUCGUGGAUGACGUGGGCACGUUAAAUGGACUAGGGAAAGGAGAGGAGUCCUAUCCUGAUAUCCUUGCAAUGUUCAUCGCCGUCAUUGUGACAGCCAUCGUCUCCCUGGGAGUGAAGAACUCGGUGGGCUUCAACAAUGUGCUGAACAUCAUUAAUCUGGCAGCCUGGGUCUUCAUCAUGUUCUCAGGGCUCUUCUUUGUCAAUAGCGCCAACUGGGAUGGAGGAAGGUUUCUCCCAUUUGGGUGGUCUGGGGUGCUCCAGGGCGCGGCCACAUGCUUCUACGCAUUCAUCGGGUUUGAUAUCAUCGCCACAACUGGAGAGGAAGCAAAGAAUCCGAAUACUUCCAUCCCUUACGCUAUCACUGCCUCCCUUGUGAUCUGCCUGACUGCAUACGUGUCUGUCAGUGUAAUCCUGACGCUGAUGGUGCCUUAUUAUGCCAUCGACACUGAGUCGCCACUGAUGGAGAUGUUUGUGCUUCAUGGGUUUCAUGCGGCCAAGUACAUUGUGGCUAUCGGAUCAGUGGCGGGACUGACCGUCAGUCUGUUAGGUUCCCUCUUCCCGAUGCCCAGAGUAAUCUACGCCAUGGCUGAUGAUGGUCUACUCUUCAGGUUUUUAGCUUAUGUCAGUGCCUACACAGAGACGCCAGUUGUGGCCUGCAUUGUUUCGGGAUUCCUGGCGGGACUGCUCUCCUUGUUGGUCAGCCUGCGGGAUCUUAUUGAAAUGAUGUCCAUUGGGACUCUCCUGGCCUAUACCCUGGUGUCGGUGUGUGUCCUGCUGCUCCGCUACCAGCCCGAGAGUGACAUCGAUGGCUUUGUCAAGUUCCUGUCGGAAGAAGGCACCAAGAAGAAAGAAGGGGUGCUGGCCGAGUGCGAGAAGGAGGCUGCCUCCCCCGUGAGCGAGGGUGAAGACUACGUGGGCCUUGACAAGAAUACGUGUGGCGCCAAGAACCUCCCGUCCUUGGGGGACAAUGAGAUGCUGAUUGGGAAAGCGGACAAGUCCACUUACAGCGUGAACCAUCCCAACUACGGCACUGUGGACAUGAGCUCGGGGAUUGAGGCAGACACCUCGGAGAACAUCUACUUAAUAAAGCUCAAGAAGCUGAUUGGACCUCGGUACUACACCAUGAGGAUUCGCCUUGGGCUGCCAGGCAAAAUGGAUCGUCCCACCACCGUCACUGGCCGCACGGUCACCACUUGCGUGCUGCUGCUCUUCGUCCUGACGUUUGUCUUCUGCUCCUUCGUGAUCUUCGGGGAGGAGUACGUUUACGAUCAGAGCUGGUGGGCCAUCCUCUUGGUCAUCCUGAUGGUGCUGUUGAUCUGCUCGCUGGUUUUCGUCAUCCUCCAGCAGCCCGAGAACCCCAAGAAGCUGCCGUACAUGGCGCCCUGUGUCCCCUUUGUGCCUGCCUUUGCCAUGUUGGUAAAUAUGUAUCUCAUGCUGAAGCUCUCCAGUAUCACUUGGAUCCGCUUUGCCGUUUGGUGCUUUGUGGGUUUACUCAUUUAUUUUGGAUACGGGAUUUGGAACAGCAGCCUGGAGAUUGGAGCACGGCAAGAAGCUUUGAGCCAGAGCACGUACCAGCGCUACGAUGUGGACGACAGUUUCCCAUACCCUGAGGAGGAGGGCAGUCAGUGGCAGGAGGAGUGGCCACCGGCUGAGCAGACGGGCUACCAAUCUCAGCAGGCAAUGCCUGACAUUGUGGGCAAUCACAGGACCUACAACAGCAAAGCCAAAAGCAAAGGGAAGUAUGUCAAGACUUCAGAGGCACUGAUUGCAAAUGAUGAGCUUGAUUAUUCCCCUGAGUAGGAGGUACUGACCCCUCAGAC